GCUUCGGCUGAAAUGCAUCCAAAAUUACUUCUGGUCCAGCACUCUUGCGCAUCAAAACUUCCAAUUUACAUAUUAUAUGUCCACUAAACUGGUCAAACAAUGUGAAAAGUCUAGCUUUAUUAUGUUUUUAGCAUGUAGAACAAAGAUCAGCGCGAACAGACAAUCCGGCUUCAAAUGCUGGAUCAUGGAAAAAGACGUACUCCAAAUCGGCCGCUGGAUCGGUAGCUGCCUGGGGAGGGUGGGGGCCAUGACGUCAAAGUUGACCCAACUUUUCUCUUCACAAGAGAGAGUUUGGGAGAAAGGCUGCCCUGAGAGUUCUGCUUUACAUACAGACAUAAUUUAAACGGUUUUAGAAACUUUAGAGCGUUUUCUAUUCAAUCAUAAUUUUUAUAUGCAUAUAUUAGCAAUUUUGUGAAAAAAUAUUUUCAGUUUACUAUUUCUCCAACGGGGGCAGUAUAGAGGGGGAGCUCUAAGAGGUUUUAAGGGACCUGCAAUGCAGCUCAGAGGUAUCACAAAUUAAUUUAACUAGCUGUUUUAAGGUUUUAGUCACUCAUUUGUUCCUGCUUACUUUCAGUAGAUGUGUUGUGUAGUUCAAUGUGUUUUCCCAAAGGAUACAACAGAGGCUCUGAUAUGGGAAGUGAAUACAGGUACCACCAGUCCCCAGGUGGAUUCACCACCUCCCAGUCAGGACAGAAAACCAACGUGUUUAUUUGAACCCUGACGCCAUCACAUAACCCAUAACUGCACAAUGACACAAUGUUGUCUUGGAAUGCAUUGAGUUAGCAUUCCUGUCUUUAGAAAGUAGAUGAGCUUUAGUGUACCAAAUUGUGAUGCUUUUCCAAUGACCUGCUGUGACAGAGGUCAGCCCUCCAGAUGAUGUAGUGUCCCAGCUACUGUCUGCCACAGCCAGGGAAGUCUUCAGUGUUGGAGACAUCAAGGUCAACCAGGUGAGUGUUUCUGUUCCACCAGGUGAGUGAGGGUCCCUGUUCGUAGAGAAAGCUAGAGCCCUUUCUCAGUAGGUCUUAUCAUGUUUAUCCACCUCUUUCACCAUGAAAUACCUGGUCACACACACUGUUGUGGCAGUGUUGCAUUGAUUGGACACUGGUCUGUAUUUGAUUUCUUAAUGAAAUUAACCAGUAUCCUGUACUCUGGAUGACAUGACUGGACCACUGUUGGACGUAAAGCUAUGGGUGUACACUGCGGUAAGUAGUUAUAGGUCUUCGUCCACAAAUGGCUCAAAUAAAAACUAGGACUUAAAAAAAUAGGGUGUAAUAUACUGUUCCCCCAGGGACUUAUGUCAAAGUCUCUGGAAGUCUGUGCAUCAUUCAGAUAAAUGUAUUCCAUUCAGUACUUCAAGUCUAGUAUUUGUAUGCAUGAUUAUGGCACAUUUUGUCCCCCUUUAUGUAUCUCCUGCCAGGGCCAAAGGUCAUUGUUGGCUUUCAACCGCUGUUGCCUUGAGGACCUGAAUGAGGUCACCUCACAUGCUGGAGGUAGUGCAGGCCCACAUGCAGCACAACAGGAACCUGUGUAGUGGUGGUAAUGCUGGGGACAGACGCAUCAACGUACGGGCUGAGUACCAAUCAGAGCCAGGUCUGUUCUUUAGCCCAGUAGCAGAAACGAUGCCUAGACCAGGGGUACUCAACUCUUACCCCACGUGGUCCGAAGCCUGCUCCUUUUCCUUUUCUACCUGAUAAUUAAUUGCACACAACUGGUGUCCCAGGUCUAAAUAAGUCCCUGAUUAGAGGGGAACAAUGAAAACAUGCAGUGGAACUGGCUUCUAGGUCCAGAGUUGUUUGAGAGGCCUAGACUCUAGCUUCUAAUGCCUGACUAUAGGGGUGACCUGAACUGUUCUAUGUUGGUUCAGAUCUUUUUAUUUUCACAUUGUCCGUACCAGCAUAGUUCCAGCAACUAGCGUCAAUGUGUAACCAGGCCAACACAGUACAGCUAAGCUUGGCUAGGCUAAGUAUGUGUGAAAAGGAUAUAAGUGUCUUGGGGUCUGGGUUGUUUCUGGAUAAAGCCUCGGUAUGCAGUUUCAUUCUAAAGCUGUCCAAUUCUGAGAUUUCUUUUCACUAAUUGGUAUUUUGACCAAUCCGAUCAGCUCGUAAAAAGAUCUGACAUGAUUUAUCAAAAGAUCAAUUAGUGGAAAAAAUAUCAGAAUUGGGCUGCCUGUGUAUACACAUUCUUACAUGGCUUUAUUUCUCCUCCUGUAAAGGUGUUGAAUCUGCUCAGGAGCUGCUCAGACUCAAAAGCCCAGGGGCAUCAGUCAACAGGAGCUACACAUUAAGCAGGAUUACCUCAGCAUGACUGUCAUCAAGGCAGGGAAACCUCCCCCUGGACUCCAUCUAGAUGUUGUGAAGGGAGACAAGCUAGUAGAGAAGCUAAUCAUUGACGAAAAGAAAUAUUAUCUGUUUGGGCGGAAUCCAGACGUGUGUGACUUCACCAUAGACCACCAGUCGUGUUCGCGUUUCCACUCAGCCCUGGUCUACCACAGACACCUCAAGAGGGUUUUCCUGAUCGACCUCAACAGCACUCAUGGUACAUUUCUCGGUCAUAUCCGUCUGGAGCCCCACAAGCCCCAGCAGGUGCCCAUCGACUCCACUAUGUCGUUCGGGGCGUCCACACGGGUCUACACCCUGAGAGAGAAGCCCCAGCCCCAGAUCAGCACCAUACCUGGGGGAGAGGUGAAGGCAGGGGAGGAUGAGGAGCUCAAAGGACUACUGGGUCUACCUGAGGAGGAGACCGAGCUGGAGAACCUGACAGAGUUCAACACGGCCCACAACAAGCGUAUCUCCACCCUGACCAUUGAGGAUGGAAACCUGGACAUCGUGAGGCCCAAGAGGAAGAGGAGGAGCAGCAGGGUCUCCUUCAGCGAGGAGGAGGAGGUCAUCAACCCAGAGGACGUGGACCCGUCGGUAGGGCGCUUCAGGAACAUGGUACAGACUGCUGUUGUCCCUAUCAAGAAGAGGAAGAUGGAGGGUCACGCUUCACUAGGUCUGGAGGACUCUGUGGCCAGACGCAUGCAGAACUUCCCCUUCAGUGGAGGGCUCUAUGGAGACCUCCCACCCACCAGUGGAGAGGCCGGCUCCCUCCCCGCCGCGGCCCAGGCUGGAGCUACUAUCCUGGGGGGCCUGCCACUGGUCUUCCCUAACCCUGCUCCAGAGGUGGACCUCUCCCCCACCUCAGCCUCAGCACAGACCUCCGUCACCCUCAACCCUGCUGCUAACCCUGCCCCUGGACCAUACACGGCCGAGGUGCUCAACGAACCACGCAAGAAGAAAUACGCCAAGGAGGCGUGGCCAGGGAAGAAGCCCACGCCUUCUCUUCUGAUAUAGGUCGUAUUCAAAAUGGCACCCUAUUUCCCUUAGUGCACUACAAAGUUAAUGCACUAUAUAAGGAAUAGUGUGCCAUUUCAAAUUUGCACAUAGCACCUCCCUGGACAAUGUAAUGGGAGGGAUUAGUAUUAAUUGGGAGAGUGGUUACAUCUCUGAACAACCAAUCAAUCAAAACUUCCUGUACUGUACAAGCUGUGACAAAGGGAUAUAUAUAUAAGCAACCCUGAUAUAGGGAGACGUUUCUAAAAAAUAAUAUAUUAUUAUGGUUUGGAUGGUUUUUUGUUGGUCUGUCUGCUUCAAAUGUAUAUUAUAACAUGUUUUGUUUUUUAUUGCUCAUCUCACUUGUACUGACAAAGUAGUGUCUGUCUGAGCUCAGAUUAAAAUGCUAUUUAAACUAAUUUAACCUAUACACAUCCGCAGGCUUCUUGAAGCUUAUCAUACGACUUACUGUAACAGAUUGGUGCAUAUGAACCAUUUGUUUUACAGGUUUAUUUAUUCUAAACUAAAUGAAACACCGCUCUGUUACAAAAACAAUCUUAUACAUUUGCUAUUCACUCUGAAUUUGUGGAUAUUUUAAGUGCCGUUGGUUUCACUGAAAACCAUGUUACUGUCAAGACAGGGUAACGUUAACCAGACAAAGUCCGAUAGACAUUUUAGUAAUCCACUCAGACAAGGCUAUGAACCGAGGGUCAAAAUUGUCUUUAAAGAAAUUAGGAAGAAACAAAACAGUUUUUGUGUCAGACAGUCGUUAUGUUUUUGCUAUUUUUAUACAAUUAUUCGGCAGUUGGUUGAAAUGGAACCCAUUAUUGGCAGAUAUGUAUGAAAUUCAGUUAAGAAGAAUACAUUUAAAAAAUGUUUAAACAGUGACAUGAUGGUAAUUACAAUUCAUAUCUUUGUUUGAUAUUUGUAUAAUAAACAGUAAUAAUCCACACUCCUCUCUCUGCUGUGUGAGAUGAGAUGAUUGAUGGUGGGAAAGGAUUCGUUUAGUCCCUAGAGAAAUCUCCCACUGGGUCUCUGCUGUGUUGCUUUCAUGUCCCCAGUUUUACCUUUUUACUUUACACGACGCCAUCUACUGAGAAAGCUCCUGGGAUGGCUAAUUAAGAGAUUUUUAAGCUAAUUAAUGGAUUUUUCAGCUAACUGAAUGUGAUUGUCUGUUCUGGGAACACGUCAAAUGUGUCAGUUGCUCUCCCAAGGUGAUGAGUUUUACUCAUGUUUCUCUUUUUGUUUCUGAUUAUUACUUGUGGGUUUGUUAUAAAGCAAAAACCAUUUGAAAAGCAAUCUGUCCUCACAACCAAUCUGUAGUUUUAUAGGAGUAAGAAUAAAUCAAUUAAAUUGUUGUACUCCCAUAGGUCACUGCUACUUCAUACACGAUGAAGGGUGUUUAUCCUUCACAAUAUCCAUUUGAUGCUCAAGCUGUCGACAGUGUCGAAUUCUAUCUACAAUGUGGCUCAUUUUUAUUACUUGUAUUUCCAUGGUCAAUGCAGUG